AUGGGCUCAGAAACUGGAGGCUCAGACCCACGCAGCCCCUCCACGCGACACCCCGCGGACCAGCCGCCCUGCCAUCAGAAUUCCUGUAAAGCAAAGGGCUCAGGUGUAGCGGAGAAACCACUCGAAGGGAAAGAGGAGACAUUCUCUUCCCCAUUAAGAGAGAGCCGCACCCAGAGGCAAGGGUCAGAGCCGCAGACUGAUGAGCAUGUCCAGGAAGCUGAGCUCAAAAGAGUCGGCGGUAUCUCUGGACCGGAAUCGGAAGGCUGCUGCAGUCAGGAGGGCUCCAGGAAGAGGAAAAUCGGUUCCAGCGACGGCACCUGUGCCGGAACAGGGGUCUCUCUCGCAGACAAGCGCAGUGUCACUCCGGGAAGGAGGACACGGAGGACGCCCGACGGGGAUCGCGGCGGCGAGAGCGAGGAGACCGCGGGUGCCGGCCCCAGGAGACAAGGGGCGCGGGGCGCGGGGCGCAGCGGGCGCCGCAGAUACAGGUCCCCGGGAAACCGGCCGCCUCCCCUGCGCAAGAAGCUGGUGACCGCCCUGCGCGCCCUGUCUGAGGCCAUCCAUCAGGACGUCGCCCAGGCGUGCGAGCAGCGGGAGCACUCCCCGCUGACCUGGGAGCAGCCCUCGGGGCUCGGGGAGCUCUGGGGGCCCCUGUGCGCGGCCUUGCAGACUGUCUACACCAUGGCCCACCAGGCGGCCUACGUCUUCCCUGCAGAGAGCUGGCUCAUGCCGGGCCCGCAGCCGAGCCCCGGAGGACUCCCGUGGGGGGCGGAGGACAAGCCUGGGGCGGCAGGGCGUGUUUGA